AAGUGUCAAAAUUACUUCAUAUAUUUCAUAACCAAAACCGAAAGAAAAUAUGAAAAAGUUAUUUUUAUUAUCGCACAAAACCGUCCGGUAGAAAAUUUGUUAACAAUACGGAAAAAAUGAGAGAUUUCUCCCCAAUGAAAUGAACAACAAAAUCGUCUUGAGCUACAAUGAAAGCCUACUCCGAUCCUCCGACAUCGAAUUACUAAAAGGUCCAUACUGGCUGAACGAUUCCAUAAUAUCAUUCUAUUUCGAAUACUUGCAGACGGACCUGUUCCGAGGCUCCGACAGCGUGCUGUUCGUGUCCCCCGAAGUCACCCAAUGCGUGAAAGUGUCCCCGUUAUGCGAGCUCGAUAUAUUCCUGCAACCGCUCGAUUCCAAAACCAGAAACUUCAUCUUCUUCGCUUUGAACGACAACGAGGUGACCGACGUCUCGGGCGGCUCCCACUGGAGCCUCCUGGUGUUCUCGCGCCCCGAACGGAUGAUCUACCACUUCGACUCGUCGCACGGCUGCAACGACAACCAGGCCAUCGAGCUGGGCGAGAAGAUUCUAAAGUACUUCUCGAUGCCCUAUCAGGGCAAGUUCCAGAACGCGCCCUGCCUGCAACAGAACAACGGGUACGAUUGCGGGGUGCACGUGUUGUGCAACACGGAGCGAUUGGCCAGUUACGCGGUGCACUACGGGAGGAUAUCGGGCUGUCCGCAGUUGCCCUCGGAGCAGGUGGUUGCUAAAAGAAAGGAGGUGCUGGGCAUUAUAAACAGAUUGAAAUUUCGUUAUUGAUGUUUUAAUAAAGGUGGUGUUCGAAUUGAUUUUGGAAUUUCAGUGAUUU